CAGCUGGAGAAGAGAUUUAAUUCCCCGCAGCCUGAAACAGACACAGUCAGAUAUCAGCUCUUCAGCAGCAGCUACAGGAUUUAGGGUGCAUAUCUACCCAACAUGUGAGCUGAAGCCAUCCUCCAGCAGUGAUGCACACCUUCAGCCCACCGGCCCCUCUGCUCUGCGUCCUGGCCUGUGUGUCUUUGGGUCUGCAGCGCUCUGACCUACGUCUAGCUUAUGUGACCCACAGCAGUUUCUACUACUACACCUGCAGCCAGGAUCUGCAGCCCUGCACCCUGUCAUCGCUUACUGACCGCAACUGCAAGGAGCUCCAGUUUUCCACCCUGCGCGGCUCCUCCACUGUUUUCAGGAUGAGGCAUUUAACCGUUUGGUACACAUCGCCUUCAAACGCAGCGCACCUGCUGAAUAACUCUGAGGUGAGGCAUGUGACCCUGAUCCGCUGUGGAUCCAGCGUGGCAGCACGUCAGGGAUCUCAGGAGGGACAUUUUGCUGUGCAGCACCUGGAGCGGCUGACAGUAAUAACCCUGCAGUGGAACAAUGCUCCAAACGGAAACAGGGCCAAGAACGUGCACCCAAAUACUGACCCAGAAGGAGAAUCCAGCGUGCAUCUCGACACAAAUAGAUACACAAACAGCAGGGAUCCAAACCUGUACCGGACAACUGACAUGAAGACAGGCUCAAAAGCUCCAGCCUCUGCUUCUUCCUCACCCCAGGUCCAAGAAAUCUUCCUGGGAAGGGAGUAUGGAGCAGCAUAUCGGGAGCAGGCCAGGCUGGGAAUCAUCCACAGCUCAGUGCUGGAAUGGGGAGCAGUGGUCAAAUCGUACACGGUGCAGUCUUACAUAAACAGAGAUGGAGCGCUUCCAUUCCCCAACCUCUUGUUGCCGAGGUUACCAGAGACAACCACUGUAUAUGUGAGCUUUGUAUAUGGAGUCUGAUGAG